GCGCCGGGCCCCCAGGAGGGGCGACAGGCAUCGGGCCCCCAGACGGGGCGACAGGCAUCGGGCCCCCAGGAGGGGCGACAGGCAUCGGGCCCCCAGGCGGAGCGGCGGGUGCCGGGCCCCCAGGCAGAGCGACAGGUCUUGGGCCCCCAGGCGGAGCGGCGGGCGCCGGACCCCCAGGCGGAGCGACAGGUCUCGGGCCCCCAGGCGGAGCGGCGGGCACCGAGUCACCAGGCACGACAGUGGGCUCCGAGUCAACUGGCAAGACUGCGGGCACCGAGUCAACUGGCAAGACUGCGGGCACCGAGCCAACUGGCGGAACAGCGGGCUUCGAGUCGUCUGGCAAGACUGCGGGCACCAAGUCGUCUGGCAAGACUGCGGGCACCGAGUGACCUGACGGAACAGCGCGGGCAUCGAGUCAACUGGCGGAACAGCGGGCACCGAGUCGUCUGGCAAGACUGCGGGCACCGAGUCGUCUGGCAAGACUGCGGGCAC